AUGCCGGCACCACUCUGGCACUGGCAGUACUUCCAAACCCAACCACAUGACCUCAAAUUGGCUGGCAACAAGGACAACUACAAUGGUGCACUAUGGAACAGGAAGAUCAACAGGCACUGGAGCAUGGUAUCAUCUCCAAAGUUUGACCACAAACUGAACACCUUCAUUGGGCCAUCUCACUUCUGUGAACUUGUAUCCCCUGAGGCUAAGGAUAGGCUGGCCUCAGAACGUGCGCGUACUUGCUCCUCAGCUGCCUUAAUUCCUUGGUCCACAGGAUCAACCCCAGAUCGCGGAAACAAUAGCAAGACAUUGCCGUACCCAGCCCUCCCCAAAAUUUACCACUUGCUGUCAAAGGAGCAACAGACAGAGUUUAAUUCCGAUCUCUGUAAACUGUGGGUUGCAAAUGGGUUUGCCUGGCAUGCUAUCAAUGCACCGGAAACCCAUAAGUUCUUUCAGAAGUGGCUACCAAAUGCAAUGUUGCCCGAUUGA